CUCUCCCACCAUGUCUAACACCACCUCUCCCACCACAUCUAACACCACCACGUCUAAUCCCACCUCCACCACCAUGUCUAACACCAACUCUACCACCACCACCUAUCCUACCACCUCUACCACCACCAUCUCCACCACCACCUCUCCCACCACAACCCCUGUGGACUGUUUCAACGGUGGUGAGCUACAGAGUGGAGUCUGUAUCUGUCCUGAUGAGUGGACUGGAGAGACCUGUUCAGAGGGGAAUUUCUGCAAUUCCACCAUCAUUGGUGAUUUUUCCUUCCCAAGAACGACGGUUGGCUGGUCUGCUUAUUCAGAAGAAUUGUGUGAUGAGAAGACAACCAGUGCCGGUUUACCAAGAGCCUCAGCAAGAUGUUUGAAUGACACCGGCUCUCCAAUGUUUGGUCCUCCUCACGAGCUGCAGUGUGAAUUAACCCUCAGUGACAUUCAAGAAAAUAUCUCCAGCAGUUCAGGUGAUUUACUACAGUUAGCUUUCAGUACUCAGAUCCUGACCUCCCAACCAGAGCGGCUGUCAGCUGACAACAUCACCACAGCAGCUCAGAUCGCUAACACACUGCUUCUGUCUGCAAAUAUCACAGAGGACAUCGCAGUGGCAGCUGUAACUACCAUCAGUCAGCUGCUGAAUGCCAGUGAGGAGAGUACACAGGAGAGAGACGCUGUCCAAAACCUCACAGAGACCCUGGAGAUGUUUUCCCUGGACCAGCACAGUAAUGUGUCCUUGGUGGUUCAGCCCAACCUUGCAGUCCAGUCUGUCCAAGUACCAAGUGACUCAGUAGGGAUCCAGUUUACUGCUCUGACUGGAAGAUCUGGUAAUUUUGUGGCCAACAGAAUUCAUCUCAACACCAAUACCUCUGAACUUAUAGCUGACAAAGGAGGUUCUACCGAUGUCCAGAUUGUCAUGAAAUUUCCACCAGUUUUACGUAGUAAAAACAGAAACUACUCCAUUGGUUUUGUGCUCUACCAAAACGACCGGUUCUUCAGGUCCAGGGCUUACAGAGCUUCUUCAGGAACCAGGAGAAGGGUCAUCUCUGCUAACCUGGGACAAGUGUCUGGGUUACAUGUUGAGAUGCUCUUCAAGCCCACAGCUGUUCCCAACACCUCCCUCCAUGACUUUGCCUGUGUGUCAUGGAACUACACGUUGAAAGACUGGAGCACCUUUGGCUGCUCCAAAGUCAACCACUCAGAAGACGGCCUGCAAUGUUUCUGUAAUCACACCACUAACUUUGCUGUGCUGAUGUCGUACAGGAGGGACUUUAAAUACGCUGAAGCACUAAACUGGAUCACCAUAUUGGGAUGCUCCAUGUCCAUCAUAGGGUUGAGUUUAACAAUAACAUUCCAGAUCGCAACCAGGAAAUCACGCAAAACCAACCCAACGGUUCUCUUAGUGAGCGUCUGCAUGUGUCUUCUGAUCUUCACCCUGUUCUUCAUUUUGGGAGUGGACAACCCUCAUAAACAGCUGGACAAACCUGAAAUACAGGAGGACAACAUUCUCCCCCCCUCCGACAAACACACAGAGCGGGACAGGGGGCCUUGUACUGCAGUGGCGGUCCUGCUGCAGUACUUCCUGUUGGGGACAUUCACCUGGAACACGCUGUUCGCCACACAUGUCUUCCUGAUGAUCAGAAACAGCCUGGCCACCAGCCCGUCACACUUCACAGCCUAUACCGUGGCCAUCGGAUGGGGACUGCCUGCGGUUGUGGUGGCCCUCACCUUAGGAAUUAGUUACAGAGUGGAUGAUCCACUGGGUUACAGGCAGGAGGAAUUCUGCUGGCUUGCUGCCCUCGAUCCAACGGGGAACUUUGACUUCAAGCUGCCAAUGUUUUGGGGGUUCCUGAUCCCUGUGGCAUUCAUGCUUAUGUUCAACACAGUGGUGUUGAUAUGUUUUGCAGUUACAACAGGCAAGACCAACCCGAAUUUAACCAGUACAAGACACACAUCGAUGAAGAAGAAGUUCCUCAGUAGUUUCUCUCUGGCUGUGGUGCUCGGUCUCUCCUGGAUCCUGGGCUAUCUGUUGCUCAUUACACAGAACCAGACCAUGUACACCAUACUCAACAUCUCCUUCUGUGUUCUCACCACCACUCAGGGCUUGCAGAUUUUCAUUUUGUUCACAGCAAGAACAUCAAUUGUCAAGAAAAUGAUGGCAGAUGCUUUGAAAUCUGUCUCUAAUGUUGAGAUCCCACUUCACACCAAGAGGUUCAGUCUAUGGCGAGACGAGCACAGAGAAAAGGUUGAAUCAUACACACAGCUGGACACUGAUCUGUCAACACAUUAACCCUUUAACUGCCACAUCAUUUUUCUUCUGAAAAAUAUGUGUAUUUAACCUUAAUAUAGGCCAUAAAUAAUUUGUUUUUGAUUGCUAACAUCUCAACCAGCCUGUUCCGUUGCCCAAUUAGGUUAAACUAGUUAUGUAUUGGAUUUUACAUAUGCUUUUUAAAUCAUCUGAAAAUGGUACAUUAAUUAAAGUCAUGUCUGCUUCAGUUACUUAUAAUGGAAGACAGGCCAAGAUAAAGGAUGACUGAUAUCAAAUAUGAAUACAAUAUGAUAUUUGUGUCAAUAUAUGAGUAUUCAAAUAUAUAUACAUUCAUAUUUACUGUUUAUAUGUUCAUAAUACCUGUAAAAUUACAUGUCCUGAAAACAUUUGUGAAACAAAUUGAACAGGCAGAUUGUAAAUACUGAUAUGAAAAUAUAUUUAUAUUUGCACAGACAAAAAAAUCCCACAACAAUAUUUCUCCAUUCUCCAUAAUAGCUAGCGUUGUCUAAAUAGCAUUCCUUCAAUGGGCAACUCAACCGCCUGGUAGAGCAUUUUUUCAAGAGUUCCUCAAAUUAAUAAAUAACAUCAAAUAUUAGUAAUUUUAUGAUACCAAAAAUGAUAUUUUAGAGUUCAACAACAUUGUACAGUCAUGUAAUAUGUAAAGGAGUGUGUGACUGGCUGCAGGGAAGUCAGGCGCAGGAGAGCAGAUGGGUAGCAAACGGAGCCCUUUAUUGAGGCAAACAAAACACGGGACUCACACGGGUUACAAUAACCCGGCGCAAACCAGCCUGGAGUACACAUACAUUUACAUAUAACAAUUCCACACACAGACAUGGGGGGAAACCGAGGGUUAUAUGCAAUAUGAGUGAUGAGGGAAUGCAAACCAGGUGUGCGGGAAAACAAGACAAAACAAAUGGAAAAUGAAAGGUGGAUCGGCGAUGGCUAGAAGACCAGUGACGUCGACCGCCGAAUGCCGCCUGAACAAGGAGAGGGACCGACCUCGGCGGAAGUCGUGACAAUAUAUCCCAUUUUAUACACAAUUAGUACAUGAAAUGUGUGAUUAAUCAGCUUCAGUUUUGCUCACGUUCACGUCUUGGUUUUUAACCAUCUUUGAAUGUUUGUGUAUAAUAAUGAAAACCACAUGAUCAUUUUACUAAAUGGCAUGAUAAAAUAUGGUAAACAAAAGUUAUAUUUAUUUGAAUUUACAUUUAGUUGUCAGCCACUCAGUUGAGCUGCUGCUUAAAGGGUUAAUUUCCAACUUGUUACUCACAGAUUGAUUGGCUGCAAGUUCAACCUCUGUCAAUGUCUCAUAGACCUCCAUUAUUGCCUAUAGUAAUACACACACCAUUUAUAUAUAUCAAAAGUGUUAUUGCCCAAUAAUGUUUUGGCUAUGUACAUGUUGGUAAAUUAACAUUGUUGGGUUGGUAAACCAAGACAGGCUGAGUCUGGGAUGCACAACCAGGUCAAGCUGGAAGAAAGCAGAUCCAAAGGAGUGAUGUGGUGCAGAGGGAGAUAUGAAACACUGAGGAAGAAAACAGGGAGGUAUGAAACACUGAAGAAGAAAGCAAGUGUGUCAGAGGGAGGUAUGAAUGGCUGAGGAAGAAAGCAGGGAGGUAUGAAACACUGAGGAAGAAAGCAAGCGUGUCAGAGGGAGAUAUGAAAGGCUGAGGAAGAAAGCAGGCAUGUCAGAGGGAGGGAUGAAAGGCUGAGGAAGAAAGCAGGCAUGUCAGAGGGAGGGAUGAAAGGCUGAGGAAGAAAGCAGGUGUGUCAGAGGGAGGUAUGAAAGGCUGAGGAAGAAAGCAGGCAUGUCAGAGGGAGAUAUGAAAGGCUGAGGAAGAAAGCAGGCAUGUCAGAGGGAGGUAUGAAAGGCUGAGGAAGAAAGCAGGCAUGUCAGAGGGAGAUAUGAAAGGCUGAGGAAGAAAGCAGGCGUGUCAGAGGGAGGUAUGAAAGGCUGAGGAAGAAAGCAGGUGUGUCAGAGGGAGGUAUGAAAGGCUAAGGAAUAAAGCAGGGAGGUAUGAAACACUGAGGAGGAAAGCAAGCAUGUCAGAGGGAGAUAUGAAAGGCUGAGGAAGAAAGCAGGCAUGUCAGAGGGAGGUAUGAAAGGCUGAGGAAGAAAGCAGGCAUGUCAAGGUUGUAGCCAUAAAAAAACACAGCAGCUGGACAUGCUGGGGGAGUGUGAGAGAGUGGUCACUCACCUGGAACAUGGAAGGGCAGCGGAUUAAGUUUCUGCUUUGCUCUGUGUACAAUGUUUUUCCCACACCAACAAACCUUCACACGUGGGGGUUGGCAGACAGCCCAGACAGCUGCACGCUAUGUGGACAACCAGCCGAUCUGAAGCAUAUGCUUUCCUUCUGCCACGCAGGUCUGACCAAUGGAAAAUGCAUGACCAAAUACUGACACAACUGGCCACGGGACUGAAGCAAGCAAGGAGAAAGCUGAAACAUCUGACCCAGGUCUCCUCGUCGUGUUUGGAGGACAAAGAAUGCUGAGUUGCAUCCAAAGAACACUAUACCUACUGUGAAGCAUGGGGGU